AUGCCACCAUACAAGCUCAGAACAAUUCUCCGGGGCCACGAGCUGGAUGUCCGUGGUGUCGCCGUCAUCUCCGACAACCAAUUGGCAACUGCGUCUCGCGAUGGCUCGGGAAGGCUCUGGGAUCUUAGCUAUCAGCCAGACGCCACCACUGAUAGUGUCUUUUGCUACAACUCUCCCGAUGGUUCGUUCAUCAAUUCCGUGGCAUAUGUUUCGGAAACUGAACAGCCGCUCGUAGCUUUCGGCGGAAAAGAUCAGAUCGUACAUUUAUGUCCUCCAGUCGAGAGCUUCUCUAAACCAGGCGACGAUCUGGGUUUGUACCAAUUGAUCGGCCAUACGGGAAACGUGUGCUCUUUGCAUGCUUUGGGAAAGCAAUUGGUGUCCGGAUCUUGGGACUGUACCGCUAAAGUAUGGGAUUUGACCUCCUUUACUACCAAGUAUGAUUUGGUGGGCCAUACGGCAGCAGUGUGGGACGCCAAGAUCGUCAGUAGCUCUGAUGAGAUUUAUCUCACGUGCUCGGCCGAUAAAACGAUUCGUAAAUGGGUAAAAGGCGUAGAGACGGCAUGCUUCCGUGGCCACAAUGACGUGGUGAGGAAGCUCUUGGUGUUGCCUGGCGCUCUGCAAUUUGUCUCAGCUUCCAACGAUGGAACCUUGAAAGUCUGGGACCUUGCAUCUGGGAAGGUCUUGCAAACCUUGGAGGGCCACACCUCUUUUGUCUACGAUCUCGCAUACAAUUCCUCGGGCGACAUUAUCUCCACAGCAGAGGACCGCUCUGUCCGUAUCUGGCGCAAUGGCGCCAUAGCCCAGGUCAUCACCCUUCCAUGUCUAUCUGCUUGGUGUGUUACUGUGCUUCCCAAUGACGAUCUUGCUGUUGGUGGUUCGGGCAAAGAGGUUUAUGUAUUCACCACCGCUACCAAAAGGUUCGCCACCCAACAGGGUCUUCAAGAAUUUGCCGAGCUUGUGAAGCUGUCAACCAUCUCGGAGCAAUCCAUAGAUAAUUUAAAAAAGACGGACCUUCCUAGCUAUGAAGCUUUGUCUUCUCCAGGAAAGGAAGAGGGUGCCGUGAUCAUGGUAAAAAGCCCAGCUGGUGUGAUUGAAGCACAUCAAUGGUCUGGCGGCGAGUGGAUGAAGAUUGGAGACGUCGUGGGAUCUGCUGGUGGCUCUUCCGACAAGAAGGAGUACGGUGGACAAAGUUACGACUACGUUUUUGAUGUAGACAUUGAGGACGGUAAACCACCGCUCAAAUUGCCCUACAACGCCAAUGAAAACCCUUACGCAGCUGCAGAGAGAUUCUUGGCCGCAAAUGAGCUUCCUUCCUCCUAUGCAGAUGAAGUUGUUCGUUUCUUGCUGGAGCACACAAAAGGGUUUAAUAUCGAGCAACAAGAUGCUGGCGCUGCUGAUUCUAUUGCGAUGGAUGAUGAGCAAUUUUUAGAGGACCAGCCAAACAUCGAUACAUCUGCAACCAUGUUCCCGCAAAAGAUGUUCAUCAAAUUCGUCGACUUCAAGGCCGAAGUACUUUUCAAGGGGUUCCAGAAACUCAACUCUAACCAGCUGGAGGAAGUUGCCUUUAAAGAAUCAGUUAUCAAUGAUGUAGAAGCUGCUUUAAAGAACUUGACUUCUGCAAAGGCUUCAUUCUUGAUUACAUCUGUGAUUCCACAAAUUCUCAGCAAAUGGAAUAAGUCCUCAAAGCUUAUCGGCUACGAUUUCCUCCGGAUCUGCAUUCCAAGAAUUACGAUCGCUGAUAUUAUUAAAUCAACCGAAUGCGGAGAAGCUCUUCUUAACCCGAUUCUUGUCUCACUAAAGGAAGUUGACGAAACAGACCUUCCAGUAGUGAUGAUGAUGGCUAAAGUGCUUUGCAACUUAGUCACCAGUCCCCUUUUUGCCCAGAUGUUCUUGACAGUAGGCGACAAUGGCAAAGUCACUCUCAAUGAGUACUUUGAGGAUCUCAAUCAAAACCUCAUUGUCACUGUGAAGGUAUUCGCAACAAUCGAGGGAAGCCAUACCCUCAAGCAUUACGAAACUGCCAUGUCUUCCAUUGCAUCGUUCUUGUACAACUUGCUGGCAUAUGUGUUCACCAAUCGUACCUUAGGUGCCGAGCGUAGUUCCUUGCAAGCGCUCUGGUUUGGAGCCGAGGAACUAGGAGUUGACUUAAUUGAUGCGGGAGAAGAGAGCGCUUAUAGAUUGUGCGUCACUUUGGGAAAUCUUGUCGCGGCUGGCCUAGUGAAAGAUUUACCUCCAUGGUAUAAGACAGCGCAGACCACCUACGCCACCAACAGGUUCUUAGAAAUCUACAAGGACAUUGAAGUCUUAUUGAAGUGA